UCUAUAGGACUCGGAGAGAUUCACAUGGUCUUUAGAACAACUAGGGAACAGGGGGCUGUCAGUAAUAAAAAAAAAAUCAGACAUUCAAGGACUGAAUGUUGGGGGAGAGGAGGCGCUCAAUUUCACCCUUAGGAGUCCACUAUUAUUCCCACUCCCCAGACAAAUCAUUUUUAGGUUUAACUUCCUGUUUUAACCUGAGCUCUCUGUUCAUUAUUCAUAGAGAAGGAGAAUAGUAGGGACCCUCUUGUCUUUAGAGUAGUCCCUCACACAUGUCCAGAAGAAGCAAGAGAACAGGGGACAAGAGCCUGGGAAUCCGAGCGUCCAGUCUGUUGCCACACCAGUCUUGGUUCCCUGAUCUUCCUCCUCUUGCCAGCUCUCACCGACUCUGCAGCAACCCACAGAGAGGAUUUUCCCAUCUUAUCUCUCUACAGCCAGGCCCCCCCUACCAUGGCCAGCCGGGGUGGGGGCCGAGGCCGGGGCCGGGGCCGUGGUCAGCUCACCUUCAAUAUGGAGGCUGUGGGCAUUGGGAAGGGGGAUGCCCUGCCCCCUCCCACCCUGAAGCCCUCCCCACUCUUUCCUCCCCUGGAAUUCCGUCCAGUGCCUCUGCCCUCAGGUGAAGAAGGUGAGUAUGUUCUGGCGCUGAAACAGGAGCUACGUGGGGCUAUGAGGCAGCUUCCCUACUUCAUUCGUCCAGCCGCACCUAAGAGAGAUGUGGAGCGUUAUUCAGACAAGUAUCAGAUGUCAGGGCCGAUUGACAAUGCGAUUGAUUGGAACCCUGAUUGGAGGCGUCUUCCCAGAGAGCUCAAGAUUCGAGUUCGAAAAUUGCAGAAAGAACGGACAACAAUCCUGAUCCCCAAGAGGGCCCCUAAAACUCCAGCCGAGAAAGAAGAAACCAUUCAAAAACUGGAGACCUUGGAAAAGAAGGAAGAAGAAGUGACUUCAGAAGAGGAAGAGGAGAAAGAAGAGGAGGAGGAGAAGGAAGAUGAAGAAGAGGAGGAAUAUGAUGAAGAAGAGCAUGAGGAGGAGACAGAUUAUAUCAUGUCAUAUUUUGAUAAUGGAGAAGACUUCGGGGGUGACAGCGAUGACAACAUGGAUGAAGCAAUUUAUUGAAGAACCAUCUUGGAUAAAACUCCCACUGCCCCGACUUUCUCAAGCCCUAGGGAUUGAGAAGCUGCUCUAGCCAUCUGUGAUUAUGGGCACACCAUCUUUCCAAACCCAGCCAGAAUCAAGAAGCUGCAUUAUCUCCUUGAGGGGAGGAACAAGGGCCUAGUAGCUCUGGCUAACUCUCCUCCCCCAAUUAUGGUGGCUGGACUUUACCUCUUGCUUUGGAGAAGAGGUAAAGGACUGAAUUUUUUAUUAUUUUAUACCUUGAGGGAAAGGAGAGUGGGAAGAAUCAGUACAAAUUACAACUGCCUCCCUUUCCCCUGCCUACCUGUUCCUAUCCUGAAUAAUUUUCUCUUUUUUGGAGAAAAUUGGGGGUUGGGAAAAGUAGGGAUAAGGCCAGUUUUAUGGUUUUUAAAUAAAGUUUUGUUCUCUA